CCGUCAGAGCGAGGCUGCCGGAGGGGGGAGGGGUCCCUGCUCUCCCCCCUCCCUCGCCGGUUUCUCCUCAGCGCUGCGUCGUGUGUCUCUGGGAGGCGGCGGCGGCGGAGCAGGAGGGGAGAGGGGAAGGCGCUGCUGGCGGGGGCGGCCGAGGCUCGGCUUCCCUCCCACGGACUUCCCGCGCAGCAUGGGGGGCGAGUGAGGGGCGGCACCCGGUGGCGGUUCCUCGGCCGGCGCCGUUCGCGCGGCGGCCUCGGGCUUCCCAGUGCGGGGCCGGGCGGCUGAGCGGCUCUCCACGCCCGCGGCAGCCCCUGAGGCGAGAAGGGGCGGCUCCUCGGGCGGCGGCGGCGGCGGCUCCUCUUGUUCUGCUCCUCCUCCGGCCCCUGCUCGCGUCCCUCCGGGCUCGAGACGCUUCGCGCUCGCCAUGAAGAAGUUUUCUCGGAUGCCCAAGUCCGACGGCACCGGCGGGAGCGGCGGCGGCGGCGGCGGCGGAGGGCUGGCGGCGGGGUCGAGCGCCGUGGCGGCGGGCGGCCCGGCCGUGGGCAGCAGCAGGGUCUUCUCGGUGGGACGCUUCCAGGUCACUGUGGAGGAGCUGCUGGCCGAAGGUGGCUUUUCCACAGUACUCCUUGUGCGCACACAUGGUGGUGUCCGGUGUGCAUUGAAACGAAUGUAUGUGAACAAUGUGCCUGACCUCAAUAUUUGCAAAAGAGAAAUAACAAUAAUGAAAGAGCUGUCUGGACACAAGAACAUUGUAGGUUAUCUGGAUUGUGCUGUCAAUUCUGUUAGUGAUAAUGUAUGGGAGGUGCUGAUCUUAAUGGAAUAUUGUCGUGCUGGACAGGUAGUGAAUCAAAUGAACCAGAGACUGCAGACAGGCUUUACUGAGCCCGAAGUGCUGAGGAUAUUUUGUGAUGCCUGUGAAGCCGUUGCUAGGCUACAUCAAUGCAAAACUCCCAUUGUUCAUAGAGAUUUGAAGGUUGAGAACAUCUUAUUGAAUGACAGUGGGAACUAUGUCCUGUGUGACUUUGGCAGUGCCACUAAUAAGUUCCUUAAUCCUCAGAAAGAUGGAGUUAAUGUGGUUGAAGAGGAAAUUAAAAAAUAUACUACAUUAUCGUACAGAGCCCCUGAAAUGAUAAACCUUUAUGGAGGAAAGCAAAUUACUACCAAGGCAGAUAUCUGGGCCCUUGGCUGUUUGCUAUACAAGCUUUGUUUCUUCACACUUCCUUUUGGUGAGAGCCAGGUUGCCAUUUGUGAUGGAAGCUUUACCAUCCCAGACAAUUCACGCUAUUCCCAUGGCAUGCAUGGCUUGAUAAGGUACAUGCUUGAACCAGAUCAAGAACGAAGACCUGAUAUAUUUCAAGUAUCUUGUUUUGCCUUUAAACUUGCCAAAAAGGACUGUCCAAUAUCAAACAUUAAUAAUUCUCCUCUCCCUUCAACUCUUCCUGAACCCUUGACAGCUAGUGAGGCUGCUGCUAAGAAAAGCCAAAUAAAAGCUAGAAUAACAGAUGCCAUUGGACCAACAGAAACCUCAAUAGCACCACGACAAAGACCAAAGGCGAAUACAAGCACUGCCACUUCUAACGUACUAACAAUCCAGAGCUCAGCAACACCGGUAAAGGUGCCAGUCCCUGGUGAUUUUAAUAAUGGACAAAAAGGUCAUUCAAAGCCUGGAAGUAGUCAAGAUAAUGUGCUGUCGCAGGGGACUAAUCACACGCCACAACAAAAUAGAGUAUUGCAACAACUACAGCAAGGGGACUGGAGACUACAGCAGUUGCAACAAUUACAUCACCAGCAGCAGCAACAACAGCAACAGCAACAAUUGCUUCAGGAUACAUAUGUGCAGCAGUAUCAACAAGCAAUGCAGCAGCACAUGAUUCAGCAGCAGCUUUUAAUGCGCUCAGUGUACCAGCAGCUACCUCCCCCAUCCCCUUAUCCUACUAUGAUGCAGCAGUAUCAACAGGCUCUUCUACAGCAGCAGGUUCUUGUAAAGCAGUUACCACCGCUAAAACAUUCUCCUGAAUUUCCUGCCUCGCCUCAGGAGUUCUCACCAGCCUUAAUCUCUCACUCUAAAUCCUUUCCAUCUCACGUUGGCGCAGCGUUGGAUACCCCUUAUACUGCAAAUAGGUCAUCUUCCUCAGACACAGAGUCUGUUUCCAACUAUCCAAAACAGAACAUCAGUAACCCCCCUGAUAUGUCUGGCUGGAACCCAUUUGGAGAAGACAAUUUCUCCAAACUAACAGAGGAGGAGCUGUUGGACAGGGAGUUUGACCUUCUGAGAUCAAACAGGAUCAUGGAGAGAAGAUCCUCAGAUAAGAAUGUGGAGGCACAUUCUGUUCCACAGAACCCCCCUCAAGAAGAUCCCUUUGGUUCUGUACCUUUCAUUUCUCACCCAGGUUCCCCUGGAAAUGAAGUAAAUAAGUCUGUCAGCAAUCUAGAAAACAAAAUAGGAAGCCUAACGAAAAAUGAGGUAUACAGCCUGGUUGCUGAAGAACAUGACGCCAGAAAAAGGCUGACAGAAGGGCACAUGAAAAAGGGAAAUGAUGACUCUGAGAGUGACUUUGAAUCAGAUCCUCCAUCUCCUAAGAGCAGUGAGGAAGAGGAUGAGCAAGAAGAUGAAGAGGUUUUGCAGGCUGAGCAUGGAGAUUUCAUGGAUGACAACGAUACUGAGCCUGAGAACUUUGGUCAGCACCCUCUUCUGAUGGAUUCUGAGGAAGAUGCAGAAGAUGAUGAUAAGCAAAGUUCUGAAUCUGAUUCCGGUCAUGGGAGGCCUGUAGAAGAGAUUAUUUGCAGUAGAUACAGAGAAGGGACUGGCAAUUUUGAAGUCAAGGAGCCUACUGUACCAUGCUCUGUGAUGCCUGACUUACCAGGUACAAUGACCAAGGAAAGCCCAAAACAAGAAUUUGAUAUCUUUGGAGCAGUUCCUUUCUUUGCUCUUCAGCCUCAAGAGCCUAAGCAAAAAGACAGCCAGGACCUCUCUUCCCAGGCUUAUUUUCCAGGCCUGGAGCAAGAUCAGGAUGACUUCGAUGUUUUUACCAAAGCUCCAUUCAGCAGAAAAAUAUCUCAGCAGGAUGAUUUAAUUUCAGGUUCUGAAACCCAACCUUCUCCUUUAUCUCCCAAAAAUGUGGAUGUUUUUGGCUGUAUCCCAUUCCACCCUACUAAUGUUUCAAAUAAAAAUGGGAGCAAAGAGGACCUCUUUGGGCUGAUCCCAUUUGAGGAGAUAGCUGGAAGCCAGCAGCAGCAAAAAGUGAAGCAGCAGCAGCGGAACCUACAGAAGCUAUCUUCCCGCCAGAGACGUAUGAAACAGGAAGUACCUAAGAGCAAUGGGAAGCGCCAUCAUGGCACUCCUACUAGCGUCAAGAAGACGUUGAAGCCCAGUUACCGCACACCAGAGCGAGCCCGUAGACACAAAAAGCCUGGUCGUCGGGACUCUCAGAGCAGCAAUGAGUUUCUUACAAUCUCUGAUUCCAAGGAAAACAUAAGUAUUACCCUGUCAGAUAGCAAGGACAGAGUCAAUCCUCUCCAAGCAGAUGAUAGUCUUCUGGAUCCCUUUGGAGCCAAGCCGUUCCACCCCACAGAAUUGGUGCGUCUUCCACAGCAUCAAGGACUGGCUGACAAUCGUGGGGACCAUAAUACAGUAGUGCCUGGCAGGCCUAGACAGAGUUCACUACUUGGCAGCAUUCAUUCUGGUGAUGGGGUAAAAUUAACAGAUGAUUUUGGGGCAGUUCCUUUCACAGAAAUUGUUGUUGUGCCAAGUGUGACAUCUCAACAAAUCCAACAGCAACAGGCAGUAGAGUUAGAUCCAUUUGGAGCUGCCCCAUUUCCUUCCAAACAGUAGAUUCUUCCAGGAGUAGCCCUGCAUUAUUUCACUUGGAUUUUAAGACCAUCCAAUGGUCGAAUUGAGAAGAGACUGAUUUAUUUUUUACAUACAACAUAUUCAUUCUUAAUUCUGACUAGAUCCUAGGAUUUUAAAAUCUGCCAUGUUAGAUAUACAAAUUUCAGAUGGUGAGGAGGUGAAUAUGUUUCAUUAAGAGAAGAAAAGAGAAAUCAGAGGUUAAUAUUGUAGGUUCUGCCUAUGAAUAUAUUGCACACAACCAUUGUGCCCUUUUUGUAGUGUAGUUACACUUCAGUCAAGAGAAAGAAAGGUCUGACUUAUGGUGUACUAUGACUGGCCGGAUGGAACAGGAUCUAUCAACCCAGAAAUGAGAAAAUGCCGAAGUCAGCCAAGUUGAUUUAGACUUUCUUGUUCUGAACAUCAGAGUUUGCUGGCUUGACACUGAUGCCUAGAAAUAUACAAAGAGACACAGUCCUUUCUGCCUGUGUAUGCCAGAACACUGCUUUUUCCCAGUAAGUGCCAUUAACGUAAAACAGGGAUAGUUGUAACUCUUGAGAUCUCAAGAACUUAGUGGAAUACAAUAUUAGAGCAAGCUGGAAAUGGAAGGAGAAAAUCACAGUAGACGGUUGGAUUCUGCAGCGUUUUGAAGACUACACAGUUCAUUUGGGAAAACAGCCUGGUUAUUUGCAUGUAGUGCUAGACAAGACGGAAAGCAAAAGCCAGAAAAUUUGUAGCAAUUUCAGGCUUGUACAGAUAGUCAGUAGGAAUUUCACCCAAAGUUGGUUCAUUUUAUCAGGGGUUUUUAUUCCAGAUAAACUGUGUAUACCCUAAAAUGUUUUUCAUUCCUUUCUAAAAUUGCUCACCUAAUAUUUUGAUUGUCUCAAAAGGUUGUACUUUUUCUAAGAGUUCAAGCAAAGUACGCUGAGCGCUAAAGAAACCUGUAACUUGAAUUCAGGCAGUUUCCAGCAAAGGAGGUAUAAAACUGAAAGGUUUACAAAUAUUGAUAGUGAUUUGAGUCUGUCAGCAAACUGCAUAAUAAACCACCAAUGCCUUACAGCCAGGACCAGCACGUCCUGCUAUGAAUUUACCUCUGAGCCAAUUGGUGCCGUUGAGACACUGCUUAAAAAUUUCCAGAACUUAGAAGGUGAGUAGAUGAUACAUUUUGAACUUUCCACUUGGGUGAAAGUAAUGUCCUUGCUUGUUUUGUGCCCAUUUUAGAUCCAAAAGGCAGCCUGAAAUACGGUGGGAGCUUUAGCUGAAAGUCUUCCAAGUACUUAGUUCGUUAGACUAAAGUUAGGGCCAACUUGACUUUCUUUGAAAUGGGUGGGUGUGAAAACACCACAGUGAACUACUGCAUUUAAAUGGUAGCCUAUGGCCAGGAUCUAAAAUCACUGCAAUGGUUGUGUGUGUGUGCGUGCGUGCGUGCGUGUUGGACAAAUGCUUGGAAAGCAACUUAGUUUGUGGCAUGGGGUCAUCAAAAAUCCUAUGGAGUGCAUGUAAACCUGACAUUGCUUGAUCUUUGACCAUGAAUACUUAUUCACAUCUUUGUGAAUCUGAUCUGAAACUCUUCUGUGCAUCUAAACGAACUCUGGAUGUGUUUGUUAUUGAUUGAAUAUGAAGUCGUACAAACAUGAAAUCUAAUCUGGAGGAGGUUAAAUACUUCCUGGUGAACGAAUUUCCCAAACAGGUGCCCAGUGGUGGUUUCUGCACUCUAGCUGCACUAUUUGUAAUUUGCAACUUGAUGCUUAUAACAAGAAUGAAUUUUGAAAGUGGCAAAGGAUCAAAAUUGCUUAGGAAAACAUACCUUUCAAAGUAAUUUUUAUAAAAAUGGUUCCUUUUAUGUAAUGUUUAGGGGCAAUCUUUUAAAGAUAUGACUUGAAGCUUUCUCUAGUUGUCUGUUUCUAGCCCAUCUCCCUUUCUGUCAUACCAAGCACAAAUCCCAGGUCAGUUGGAUGUUUUUCUCGCGAGACUAAAUAUUUCUGCAAAGCACACAUGGCCAAAUGUAUGAGCUGUGAAUGUACCUCUGCACGCCCACUCCUUUUUUUCUUGUGCCAAAACCUCUUAGAAUGCAAUACAGAUUUUGUUGUUAAAACUUUUGAUUUAAAACUGGAACCAGAGAGCUCUGUUUGGAGGUGGCUUUAAGCGUAACAAGAUUGCCUACCUAAAGUAGGCUGUGGCUUCCCAGCACAACAAACAUGGAGAACUACAACUACGUGUAUAUAUCCAUGUGACUAAUUCAUAUAUAGAAGGGCUUUCCAUGUAGGAAGCAUAUCAUAAUUGACAUGGCUGUAGCAGGCUGGAAUUCCAGUGUUGACAUAAGGCUUAUUACAGGCAGCUGAGCCAAUGCAGUAGUGUCUCUGUGUGUUUCUAAAGAAGUAGGUGCUUUCAAGGGGCAUAGAAUCCCUCCCCUCAUGCCCAAAGUAGUCAAACUAAGGUCUGAUUAAAAUGAGUGGGAAUUAAUUUCACAGCUAACUUGUCCAAUUGAUUGUAACUAAAUUUCUCUGGCUUGGGGAUGAAAGCUGGAAUCUUAUAUUUCAAGCUGUCUGAAAAUUGUUUCCUCUGCACCACUGCUUGCUAGAUGCUUUUUCAGAAAAUAGUUAGAAAAAUCCAGUGCUGUGAAAAAUGAGCAAGAAAAUAAUAAUCCAGUCUAGAAUGAUGCAGUUACUGUGUUGCGUUAAAUAAAUGAUUGCGUUGGCAGAAGGGGUUUCCUUAUAUCUAUGUCUUGUAGUCUAUCAUAGACAAUUCUGUUCCAUACAUUUUAUAUGGACAUAUUAAAUGCCUUUGACCAGGGUGGGCGGAGGGGGGUAUGAAACUGAUCCUGCGAUAAAUCAGUGAUAGGGAGGGAGGACGUGGCACAUGUGCAUGAUUCUUAUUUAUGGAUUUUUCCAAAUAUUUCACUCAGCAGUUUGUUGGGUUAGAAAAUGUUCAAGGUUUUCUCAGUUAUCACUACAGGUGCUUUGUCACAUUUUUCAGCAGUGUCUCCUGGAGGAAAUCAGCAAUACACAAUCUGUGCAGUUAGAUUGGUAGUAUGGAUGAAGGUGUAUGGAGGUUUUGCAGGAUUGAGGCCUAGACAUACAUUCUGUAGCAUAACUUUAAGUCCAAAGUACACAGAAAUGGCCCUUUGCAUUAUUGUCAACCUUCUUCACUUUUAAAUAGGGUCUUUAAUACCCCCUGUGCUUGAUAUAUUCUUAUGGACUAGACAGACUUUUUUUUUGCAUAAGACUUUAUUUUCCUAGGUUACUGUAAAUAAGAAUGGUAUAUUUGUCCUUUGUGGUUGCUGGGGUAUACUGGCAGACAGCACAAAGUUGUAUCUCUAUGUUGCCUAUUUUGCUUUUGCCAAGAGCUGCAGAAUUAAUAAUUUGAAUUUCCCUUCAGUUCUGGAUGUCAUAAAAAGUGUAAUCAGUAUCUUUUGGGGGAGAUACUUUGCUUGUGUUAUAUGUGAAUGUCUGCAUAUAUCUGGAAUCAAAUGUGUCACCUUUCCUGAAAUAGUAAGAAGGUUGGAAGGUGUUGAUUUAUACCAAUGAUUGCCAGGUGAAUUUUUUUGUCCCCCCCCCCCCCCGAGCAUUGCCUCCCCACCCCAGCAUUGCCUCUCUCAGUGGUUUGAUCUUUCCAUGAUAGCAGAAAGCUCAAUGCAACUUUUAAAAGCAGCUGUGUAGUUAAUUUUGAGGACAGAAUCACUUGCUGAUUUUGGUAUUAUCAUCACCCAAAGGUACUUUUAUUGUACCAAUUAGCAUUGCAGAUGCUUAAUUUCCAGUGUGUUCCCAAAGGCUAAAAAAACCAUGCGCUUCUUUAACUUCUCAUGUUUUUUCUUCUGGUAAAAUCACCUCAUGGUGACUGCUCAGUCAACCAGAUCUCUGUGACUGUUUUCUGAUGGUACUGUUGUUUAACCAGAUAAACUUAGUGAAUCUACCACCUGCUAUCCAAGUAUCAAUUUAGGGAUACUUCUUUUUACCCUAUACAAAGAGCCUUUAUGUGCUUAAUUCUGCACAUGUUAAAUUCAGUGGCAAGCACCCCAUAAUGUCAAGGGUCAGGAUCAGUGCCCAGGUUGUGGGGAAGCUGUCCCAUAAAUCCUUUUCUCCCAAGAAUAAGAAAAACCUACUGUGAGAAUAAAUGGAUAUAGCUACUACUGUGAGAAUAGCAUCUAGAGUUUAUCUGAAGAUUUUUAUAUGAUAGGGUGUAUUUUUAUAUAGAGAGACUUAUAUAAAAUAUACACACGCACACAUCACAUAUCUCUUGGAGUUUGUGAUCUAAAACAUAACAUUGCAGUCACAAUCAUUUUCAUGGCAUUCAAAAAACAAGUAUAGCCAAAAGCUGCUAAAGUGUAACAGGGAAAUGCAAAACAAUGGCUGCCCAGUUAUUCUCGUAGAGUGCUUCUUUGAAAAGAAGAAAUAUACUAAUAGUGUCUAUUGCCACGUUUGGUUUCUGUGACUAGGAUAUCACUCAAGUAAAACAGCAUAAUGCUAUAUUUUAAUUGCUGGCAAACAGCUUUAAGUGCACUUUUUCAAAUUACACUUCCAUUUCUUGUUAGACUUGAAAUUUCUAAAGCUUUUUUUUUGUGUGUACCACUAAUACAGAACUUUCACUUUUGUGUGAAAUUGAUGUACCUGAAAAAACAACUUGCAAGUUGUUACUAAAUAAAUAAACCAGAGACCUUGAUUCUGUA